AUGGCAAUUCAGACUAUCACUUGGAUGAGCGCCUUCCUCUGCCUCGCGCAGGUUUUCUCGAUGCCCAUGCCUUGCCAGCUACAAGGACAGCUGGUGCGAACAACCCACAACCGACUGAGAGACAUGGGCGGUCAUUUUCUUCUGGAGUGCCUGCAGGAGAAUGUCUUCAUGGCAUUCCCAGCCAACUCAUUUGCAACCUCCGGGGCGCCACAGUUGAGCAGCAGUGCUGCUAAGGCUAUUUAUGAGACAUUGAAGAACAUCGACACAUUGUUCGGAACUGACGAACUGCCGACAAUGUGGGACCAACAGAAGUUGGAGUAUUUUCAGAACAUUAUCUACCGUCAGAUUGAAGAGAGCGAGUGUAUGAGCAGUGUGGAUACAAGUGAUUAUCCCAUCAGGGCAGAGGGCCUGAAGACAUACUUUGGGAACAUUGCAGCAGUUUUAAAAGAAAAGAAUUUCAGUUACUGCGCCUGGGAAGUGGUUCGAAAAGAACUCCUGUACACCCUAGAAUUCAUUCUGAAACACAACUCUGACAGCCUUCUGUGGUCCAACAGAACAUGAAUUUGAACUUGCAGAUCUUUUUUUACUAAUGUGUUUUACAAUUGUGCUUGAUUUUUAAAGCCUUCUAUUCUACAAUCAUGCAAUGUGCAAUGUCAAACAG